UUCCCUCCCUCAAACACCAAAUAACAUUCCAUAAAGGACACGCGGUUAUGAAGCAAAGGAGUCAGAGCUUUAUUGAUCAAAUGCCAGCUCUUCAUCACUCCUCCAUCACUCCUCUACCUCUUCUUGAUGCCGGAAGCGGAGGUGGGACAAGUACGAAACACCGCAGUCUCUACACCAUUCAUUUCUACUGCUAAGCCACUAAAGCAGUGUUGGAUACAUGAGCGAAUUGAUAUUACAUUUUUAUCUGUAACCUGAGCGAUGUCUUUUAUUUUGAAUCGGGAUCACAUGCAUGCCAACAACUGCAAGGCAGCGCAUCGACUUAUGCCCAACGAUAAGGCUCUCAAAAGCCUUAUGUGUCUGCCCACCUGAAUUCAGAUUAUAUUGUUAAGAAUAGUAUCUCAUCAUUCUCAUCCAAUUUGCAAAAUCAGGCUCUCGUUUCUCGAUUCAAAGCACCAGAGGCUAGGAUGAAAACAUCGCUGGGGGAUAUCCAAAACUUGCUGCCCUUCAGGGUACCUAUCCUCAGUUAGGGAUAUACCGCCACCCCCCGACUCUCAACGCCCUUAAUCUUCUCUAUCUACAAGCAGAGCUCGUUAUCCUCGAAGCUGACCUCAAUAAAUUCACAACGAAAGACUGUAUGUCGGAAGAUCUAAACGCAAAGCGCCACCAUAAGAAUUGGUAUUAUUUGAGCAAAAGAAAAAACGGUGUAGCGAGCUCCCAAUACCACACAGUGUUGUGCGUGAGACAGAAGUUGAAAGAGUAUAGUAGGACGCUCUUGGACGGAGCGAACAGAUGUUUGUUAUUAACAGAGGUGUCGUUGAGUGUCUUUUUCAACAACGUCAACUUUCCACCUUCGAUCUGCCAGAAUCCGGAAACCUCGAAUUCGUGAACCAUUGGCUUGUUGAUUCGAGACAGGGCGAUUGUGCCCUUGAAGACUUGGAUAGAAACGUCUGGAGAGAAGGGAAGGACUUGCUGGUCAUCAAACCUGGUGAAAUAGCCGCCGAAUCUUUCACGAGAAUCCUACGGAAACCCCUGACAGCAAUUUGCCACAAAUUGAAGAUGCGGUGCCGUCGCCGACAAGCCGAUGAGGAGAGCCUGAUAUGUGUGUAAAAUGGGAAGAUUGUAAUUAGGGUAGCUGAUAUGAUGGGUCAGCCAUCGCUUCAUCGUUGCCCGUUCUGGCUGUUGUAGUCCUCUAUUCAGUCCAUGAAAUGUUGGCAAGGUUAGGCAUAAUCGCUCUGUUCACAGUGGUGUUUGCUUUGUCGUUAGUAGUAACUAUGAAGGCGAAGAGAGUUGAUACAUUUGCCGCGACUGCUGCGUGAGUGAUUUAUGAUCCUGCCUCAAGCCGUCGCUAACAUCUUGCUAUGGAUAGGUUCGCAAGUGUGCAAGUCGUAUUUGUGGGAAGCACCUCAUCUUGACCCUUUCCAUGCGACAAAUUAUGAGAUAAAAAACAUACAUAAAUUCUGCUUUUGGACUUCCAAAUUACAGUACUUGCGUACAGCUGUUCGUCGUUGAAUUUUGUAAAUAUAUUUCAAUAUAUAAAAACAAAAAAUUAUUAAGAA